CACGUGGAGGGAUCUGACAGGUCGGCGCAUGCGCGCUGCGUACAGCAACAUGGCAGCGCCCAGUGACAGUGAGGAUGGGAGUAGGGGGAUGGCAGGGCUGAGGAAGAGGAAGGGGGCAAAAACAACCCCCCACCAACCGGCUGAGGGCAGAACUGAGCCGGGGGAGGAGAAGAGUCCCUCGGGGGUGACCCUGAGUACCGGAACCUUCUGGAUGACAAGAAUUGUCCUCCUGAGAGCCAUCUGUGCCAUAUACUUUGUGGCAUUCCUGGUGGCUUUUCAUCAGAACAAGCAGCUAAUUGGGGAGAAGGGUCUGCUGCCAUGUAAAAUCCACCUAGAGAACAUCAAAGAGUACUUCGGAGGUAAGGUCGGCGUGGAGGCCUUCAGUUAUGCACCCACAGUCUUCUGGCUCCUAGACUGGACACACAUGGAUACUCACUUAGAUAACAUUGCACUGGCCGGCCUUGGGAUUUCAGCUUUCAUUAUUUUAACUGGAUGCGCCAACAUGAUCUUGAUGACAACCCUGUGGAUUCUCUACCAUUCGCUUGUGGCCGUGGGGCAGAGAUGGUAUUCUUUCGGAUGGGAGUCCCAGCUUUUGGAAACAGGAUUUCUGGGAAUCUUUCUGUGCCCUGUGUGGACUCUGUCACGAGUACCUGAACGAACACCCCCAUCGGGUAUUGUCAUCUGGGGAUUCCGUUGGCUCAUCUUCCGCAUCAUGCUUGGGGCGGGUCUGAUUAAAAUUCGAGGGGACAAAUGUUGGCGCGACUUGACCUGCAUGAACUAUCAUUAUGAGACACAACCGGUGCCCACUCCUCUGGCCUACUACAUGCACCGUAACCCAGCGUGGUUCCACCAGUUUGAGACCCUGGUCAACCACUUCAUUGAGCUGAUAGUGCCGUUCUUCAUUGUCAUGGGAAGACGUAUGUGCGCCAUUCAUGGGAUACUUCAGAUCCUCUUCCAGGUCCUUCUCAUCCUCAGCGGUAACCUCAGCUUCCUAAACUGGCUUACCAUCGUGCCAUGUCUCGCCUGUUUUGAUGAUGCCAGCUUCAGCUUCCUUUUUAGCUCCAAAGAUGGGUCAGUCAAACACCAAGUGGCCAAGAUCCAAAGACAAGAUGCCAACGGAGGCGGAUUACCGAAAAGUUAUGGUUCCUACAUCCGCCAGAUCCUACAUGUGUCUCUGGGUGUCCUUAUCGCCUACCUCAGUAUCCCAGUUGUCGUGAAUCUGAUGAACUCCAGACAAGUUAUGAACACGUCUUUCAACCCUCUACGGAUCGUCAACACAUAUGGAGCCUUCGGCAGCAUCACCAAGGAGCGGACUGAGGUCGUCAUCCAAGGAACGUCCAGUCUGGACCCCAGUGAUCCUAAUGCCGUGUGGGAGGAGUACGAGUUUAAUUGCAAGCCGGGAAACCUGACACAGCGCCCCUGUGUGAUCACCCCAUAUCACUACCGCCUGGACUGGCUGAUGUGGUUUGCUGCAUUUGAGACUUAUGAACAGAACGAGUGGCUAAUCCACCUGGCCGGGAAACUGCUUGCCAAUGAUGAAACCGCAACUUCACUUAUGGCCACCAACCCCUUCCGGGACAAGGAUCCUCCCAGGUGGAUCCGGGGAGAACAUUACCGCUACAAGUUCAGCCGUAUAUGGGGCGCACACUCCUCCGAGGGCAAGUGGUGGAUUCGGAAAAGGAUUGCGCAAUAUUUCCCGCCACUCAAUCUGGCGGGCCUGAAGAAAUAUUUCAAGUCCCGCUCUUGGGCUCUGCCGUCUGCGUCCUGACAGAAGGCGGCUUUAUUUUCCAA